AUGACUACUGAUCCGCAGAAGCAGCGAGAUUACGGGUUUGCGGAAUGUGUUCCAUCCAAGCGGCUCUGUACCGAACUCCUCACGGAUGACUGUCCCGUCCGCGACGGAGUUAGGACUGCAGGGGGCGACAGCAUCGAAGUGUCUGUGAUCUUGCCUGUGUACAACGCCUCUCUGUGGUUGGAGGAGUGCUUGCAGGCUGUGGUGGAGCAGGAUUUCCACGGGACCAUGGAACUGUCUGUCUUUGACGACGCCAGCACGGAUAACUCCAGAGCAUUGGUAGAGAGCUGGCAGGAGAAACUGGAGAAGCGCGGUGUUGCCGUGGUGAUCUCAGGCCAUGAAUCUGCUAAGCCUAAAGGAGUGGGUUAUGCCAAGAACCAGGCUGUGGCUCAGAGCUCAGGACGCUUUCUCUGCUUUCAGGACGCGGAUGACAUCAUGCUCCCCCAGAGGGUUCGGCUUCAGUACGAGAGAGCAAUUCUUCACCCUAAUGCAAUAGUCGGUUGUCAGGUCCGCCGCAUUCCAGAGGGUUCCACAGAACGCUAUACCAGAUGGAUCAACUCUCUUAGUCCAGAACAACUGCUUACCCAGGUCUACACUUCUCAUGGUCCCACGGUUGUCAUGCCAACGUGGUUCUGUUCCCGUGACUGGUACCAAAAAGUUGGCCCGUUUGACGAGGGCGGUAAAGGGGUUCCAGAAGACCUCCUGUUCUUCUAUGAAAGCCUGUGUAGAGGAGGAGGAGUGAUCAGACUUAACCAGUGUCUGCUGCUGUAUCGCUAUCACCCACACGCUGCUACUCACUCUGUACUGGAGGACACAAUCUGGAAUCUUAGGGUGGACUUCCUGCAGCAGAAAGUCAUCAACCAAUGGAAUUCCUUCACCAUAUGGAAUGCUGGGAAACAGGGACGGAAGCUGUAUCGCAGUUUGAGUCCGGCCAAUCAGAAAAAGGUGAAGGCAUUCUGUGACGUUGAUGAGAAUAAGAUAAAGAAAGGAUUUUACACGUAUGAGGAGUCCAAGGAAAGGCCUAAACCCAAAAUUCCAGUUUUGCAUUUUAAAGAAUCAAGUCCUCCUUAUAUAGUGUGUGUCAAAUUGGAUAUGACAGGUGGGGCUUUAGAGGAAAACCUACUUUCGCUCCAGUUGAAAGAAGGAGUUGACUACUAUCAUUUCAACUGA